AUGAUCUUUAGUGGCUCUAAGAGGGCUGGCUUUUCGAAAGUAGUCAAUCUUAUUUGUUAUAUUGUUUUCACAGUCUGCCCUUCAAAUCGACGCAAAGCAGAGGCAAGUGACUGCAACAUUCAGCAAGACAACGGCGUCUACCGUUACCAAGAGAUCCAAUGGAAUGAGUUAGUCAACUGCCGCUGCCUGACGAGGAGUAAACGGGUCCUACGGCUCUGUUAUUGCAGACCUCCCUUCAAGACAACCCAAUGCUUCGAGAACACCAACGAGGUGACCCGAGAGACACGCUUUGUGCAAGUUGACAACAAAUGCCUGCCCGAUCAAAGCGCAGUCACCAAAGAGAUACGUAAGUAG